UUUAGAUGUGGUGUUUGUAUUUUUGUUGUAGAUCUUUUUUCUUUCUUUCUUUUUUCCUCCUUGUCCAUCAAUUUUGUUUUUAGUGUCACUCACUAAGACCAUAGAUGUUUGUCUUUUCUACUCUUUGACAUUUUUAAAGCAUUCUUACUAUUCAACCCACUUGCUUAUGUGAAGGACAGAAAAUGGAAGCAUCUCCUCAUUUUUCAGAGUUGCAGUGAGCUUCUUAUCCCUUUAUUUUUAACCUUUUUUGAAGUACUGGAAUGGGUCAACACCCAUAUGAGGAAAUCAGGUUUUCUGAAUUUCUUUAAAAAAGAACAAUACACAUAUUGUAUUUUGUUUUUUGUUUUUUAGACAGCUUACAUUUAUUUUGUUUUUUUUUAGUAUACACAUUACAUUCGUCUCUACCCUAUAUCACUUUUAGUCCCAAUGUCCUUUGCUUUACACAGACCUCUUAUCGGAGAUCAGUCCCUUUCCCUUUCAGGAAGAAAGGCUGGAAUUUCAAAAUUCACACAGCUGAACUAACCUCGGCCCAUGCAUUUCCAUAAAGUUGACUUUGGAGGAAAAACGCUGGCUCGGUCUUUGAAGAAAUUAUGAACUGAUGAGAAGUUAGUUUAUCUUUGCAGUGCAAAAGAUAAGAUGGUUUCUAACCUAACUACUAUACUCCUGUAUUGUUUAUUUUUUAUUUCUUUCAAGUGCCCUUAUGACAGGUUCUUCUCAGUUUGCUGUCAGUUUGGGGGUGCUACACUUCAAUUUGUCACUUUUAAAUGUGUCUCUAUAUUCUUGGGGGGGUUACCUGAAUUGGGUUAAAUUUGCGAUAUGGAGUUGUCCCGCUGGUUACAGGCCAUCUUAUUUCGUGCUAGAGGGGGGUAAAGGAGUGGGGAGGAGCAUCAGGGAGUCACAAGCUCCCCAGCUCUGUCGCUCCGCCCCCCGCGCGCUUGCUGAGGAUUGGUGGAGUGGGCGCGCUCAAAGCUGUCUUCCUGACCCUUCAGUUUGAUUUAAUCGGUGCUUGAGCACAUUCCCAACAGUGCUUUUCCGCACAUAUACAUCAAUUUUUGGAUCCACUUGAUGGAUUUUAUCCAGCUGGUUAUCUCUUCAGAUAUCCACUGCUUUUGAAUUGUUAACUGAACAUAUGGAUUUAAGAGCAGUCAUUCUUACAUGCCUUAAAGUGGCACAAAUGGUGUCAGGCAGACAGCUUAUCAUCUGUACUCCACCGCCUGCGUCAGAUGCUGGGUUAGAAAGACAGAAGCACGCGCAACAGCGAUGACCUCUUUAUUUCAGAGCUGUGGAGGCUUCUAGAUACAAAUAAUUAAACCACAGACUUUUCUCCAUUGGCCAGGACUCAAGAAAGCAGGCCAGGAUAAAGAAAUCAAAGUUCUAUAAAUAUUUCAUGAAAAUGCAAAAGAAAAGAAAAGAAAAGCCAUGAUUAAUACUUCUUCCCUUUUUCUUCAAAUAUGUAAUAUUAUUCCCAAAGAAAUGGGAUCAGUUCAUUUGGGCAAGAUCAAGCCAGUAACUGCCCUCCUGUUCUGUGAUUGUAAAAACUGAAUUGGGAAUUAACUGGAAGCCUGACUUUCCCUGGUACUGCACAGAUCAAAGCCUUUCUUCCCUCCCAGUUACCCCUAAAGCAUUCCUUUUGUUUUCUUUGAAAUGAAACAUUCAUUUGCAUGAAUGAAAACUAAGACUAGUAUUAUAGUUUUUGUUUGUUUAUUUGGACGAAAGUGCUUUUUUUAAAAAAAAAAAAAAAUUUAUUUCCAUAUUUUAAAAAAAGAAUGUAUUGUUUGAGAACUUUUACUAACGAUCUUGUUUUCUGAUUUUGUCUCUUUUGGUUUUUCCACAACUGAUAUUGUUAUUUAGAAGGUUUCAGGUGGGUGACACUAUUCCUGCGUAGGUGCCUGGCGGAAAGGAACACUAGGGCAGCCUCAGUCCUCUCCUCUUCUUCCAGCCAGCUGCGGCCACCACUCUGACAAAGUCCAAAAAUAUGGCUUGUUACCUGAAAGCCAUUGAGACUCAGCCCAACUUUGCCGUGGCUUGGAGCAACUUGGGCUGUGUGUUCAAUGCCCAGGGAGAGAUAUGGCUGGCCAUACACCAUUUUGAAAAGGCAGUGACACUGGAUCCAAAUUUCCUUGAUGCAUACAUCAAUUUAGGCAAUGUUUUGAAGGAGGCCCGCAUCUUUGACAGAGCUGUGGCUGGAUACCUGAGAGCCCUGAGUCUGAGCCCCAAUCACGCUGUUGUCCAUGGAAAUCUGGCCUGUGUCUACUACGAGCAGGGCCUCAUUGACCUGGCUAUUGACACCUACCGCCGUGCUAUUGAAUUGCAGCCCCACUUUCCUGAUGCCUACUGCAAUUUGGCAAACGCUCUAAAGGAGAAAGGAAAUGUGUCUGAAGCCGAAGAGUGCUACAACACAGCUUUGCGUUUGUGUCCAACUCAUGCCGACUCCCUUAACAACUUGGCCAAUAUCAAGCGUGAGCAGGGCUACAUCGAGGAGGCAGUUCAGCUCUACAGAAAAGCCUUAGAGGUGUUCCCAGAGUUUGCAGCAGCUCACUCUAACUUGGCCAGUGUGUUGCAGCAGCAGGGAAAACUGCAGGAAGCCCUCAUGCACUACAAAGAGGCAAUCAGAAUCAGCCCCACUUUUGCUGAUGCCUACUCAAACAUGGGGAAUACACUAAAAGAAAUGCAAGAUGUUCAGGGAGCUCUGCAGUGUUACACCCGUGCCAUCCAGAUCAACCCCGCUUUUGCUGAUGCUCACAGCAAUUUGGCCUCAAUCCAUAAGGAUUCUGGAAACAUCCCAGAGGCUAUUGCAUCUUAUCGCACAGCCUUGAAACUGAAGCCUGACUUCCCUGAUGCUUACUGCAACUUGGCACACUGCCUACAGAUUGUGUGUGACUGGACAGAUUAUGAUGAGCGGAUGAAAAAGCUUGUGAGCAUUGUGGCAGACCAACUGGAGAAGAACCGCUUGCCCUCAGUGCACCCACACCACAGCAUGCUGUAUCCGCUCUCUCACAACUUCCGCAAGGCCAUUGCUGAGCGCCAUGGAAACCUUUGCCUGGACAAGAUUAAUGCACUGCACAAACCGGCUUACGAGCAUCCUAAGGAUCUGAAAGCUAGCGGUGGACGUCUGCGCAUUGGAUAUGUAAGCUCUGACUUUGGCAACCAUCCAACCUCCCACCUGAUGCAGUCCAUUCCUGGAAUGCACAAUCCUGAAAAAUUUGAGGUGUUCUGCUACGCACUCAGCCCUGAUGAUAGUACCAAUUUCCGUGUGAAAGUGGUCGCUGAAGCUCAUCAUUUCACGGACCUCUCACAGAUACCUUGCAAUGGCAAGGCAGCUGAUCGUAUUCACCAGGAUGGAAUCCACAUUCUAGUGAAUAUGAAUGGAUACACCAAGGGAGCGAGAAAUGAGCUCUUUGCCCUCCGCCCUGCCCCUAUUCAGGCUAUGUGGCUAGGUUACCCUGGAACCAGUGGAGCUCCCUUCAUGGACUACAUCAUCACAGACAAGGAGACAUCACCUACGGAAGUGGCUGAGCAGUACUCGGAGAAACUUGCCUACAUGCCCAAUACCUUCUUCAUUGGAGACCAUGCCAACAUGUUCCCUCACCUCAAGAAAAAGGCAGUGAUUGAUUUCAAGUCUAACGGGCACAUCUUUGACAACCGCAUCGUUCUUAAUGGUAUUGAUCUGAAGGCCUUCUUGGACAGCCUGCCAGAUGUCAAAGUGAUAAAGAUGAAGUGUGACAACAACCAGGAAUCUACUGGUGACACAAAUGGAGCCCUGUCCAUGCCUGUAAUUCCCAUGAACACAGCAGCUGAAGCAAUCAUCAACAUGAUCAAUCAAGGCCAAAUCCAGGUCACAAUCAAUGGCUUCACUGUCAGCAAUGGCCUAGCCACCACACAGAUCAGUAACAAAGCUGCGACUGGGGAGGAGGUGCCACGCACGAUCGUUGUGACAACCCGUUCUCAGUAUGGUCUCCCAGAGGACUCCAUUGUCUACUGCAACUUCAACCAGCUCUACAAGAUUGAUCCACCCACUCUCCAGAUGUGGGUCAAUAUCCUAAAGCGCGUGCCCAACAGCGUAUUGUGGCUUCUUCGCUUCCCUGCAGUUGGCGAGCCCAACAUCCAGCAAUAUGCUCAGAACAUGGGUCUGCCAGGCUCUCGGAUCAUUUUCUCUCCUGUGGCCCCCAAGGAGGAGCAUGUGAGAAGGGGCCAGCUUGCUGAUGUGUGCCUAGACACUCCUCUGUGCAACGGUCAUACCACAGGCAUGGAUGUUCUCUGGGCUGGAACACCCAUGGUCACCAUGCCUGAUACCACUGUAGGUGAGACUCUUGCAUCCCGUGUGGCUGCCUCACAACUCAACUGUCUGGGCUGCCCUGAUCUAAUAGCUCAAAGCCGCCAGGACUAUGAGGACGUAGCAGUCAAACUGGGCUCCGACAUGGAAUACCUGAAGAUGGUCCGAGCGCGUGUUUGGAAGCAGAGAAUCUGCAGCCCUCUUUUCAACACCAAGCAGUACACAAUGGACCUGGAGAGGCUCUAUCUGCAGAUGUGGGAGCACCACAGUAAUGGCAACAAGCCAGAUCACUUGGUCAAACACCAGGCAGUAGAGGCUAGUGAAAAUGCUUGAACUGGAAGCAUACAGAAUUCUUUUCCCCAGCCAUUUUAAACCCCCAUCAGCACCAUAGUUUGAAUGGUCCGUUUCCACUCCAGCCCCUUCUUGUCGAACUUUUGUCUGUAUCGCUCUCCUUUGCUAUUAAUGGGACUCUUGUUUUCAAGGAGCCUACACGUUCACAUUUGUCACCCAUUUACACUGAUCGUUGCCUCUCACAUCUGCAUCUACUGAGCCAGAUUGAUCCUGAGACAUUCAGGCAACUCUUCUGAGACUCUUGUCCUAAAACACAGUAUAGGUAUUUGGUGAGCAUGAAAGGAUUGUGAAUGCCUGGCUUCCCUUCUUUUUUUUUUUUUUUUUUUUCCCCCUUUCCUUUUUGGUACUUGGAUGGAUCGAUGGAUUUACUUUCUUCUGUCAUUGUGCAUAUGGGACUAAGUGCAGCUUGUGGAGAGAAUUUCCAGCCGUCAUUACUUGUUGAUCUAUUUAUAAAUGGAUUAAGAGUGUUGUAUGUUUUUUUUUAAAAAUGACAUUGUUGCACCAAGAAAAUUGUACCUGACAUGUUUCAUCAGCUUUAACAUGCAAUUAUAAAAUAUAAAUUGCAACUCCUCUUUAGUUUGUUUUUAAGCUCCUCUCACAUACCUGCAGAAGUAGGUGUUCUAAGUUUCUGAAAAUAUGACAAAAUGAAAACUUCCAAAUGCCAACUUCAUUAAGCAAGGACUGUUUAUUACAAGGACUAUUUAUUAUCAGGACUAUUAUCAGUUCUUUACUUGUUCAUAAGACUGGACAAAUCUAGAUAAAGCAACUCCUGUUAAGUCAGCGGGGAAGACCUAAAUGUAAUUUUAGAUUACAUACCUUAUACAUUUUAUUUUAUUUUUUUUAAAUCGCACAAACCUGAAGCAGGCUGGUAAGUAUUUCUAAGCCAAUUUUCUUUGUUUUAAUUGUCUGUUUACCUGUAUGCUGUCAAUGAUGCCAUGAGGCCCUAUAUAUAAUAAAUAUUGAGAUGGCAAUCA